AUGUAUCGGGAUUCCGUAAAAUAGUCGAGUUGGCAGGGCCCUGCAAAGUGCAUAAAAAAAUCUGUCGUGUCGAAGAUUAUUCAUUCUUCAAUUGCGCGUUGCUUUAAUUGUGGCAACAGCAGCCAUAACACGUCGCACGCAAAUCUCGCAGAUACUUCAUCUCUGGGAAAUAAACAAUAUAUAUACAUAAAUAUAUAUAUAUUCCGGGCAUAAUGAAUCGGCAGGCGAAAUUCCUUAUCUUGUGUCUGUUUGUGGGUCUCUUCUCCGCCAAUUUGUGCGACGAUGUCACCACAACAACAACUACCGAAGGUACUACUAUUCCGGUAACGGUUCCCGACGAUAAGAACACCACGACACCGGCCACCACCACAACAUCCUCAACCACUCCGGCAACCACUGUUCCAACGACAACGCCUACCACCACAAAGCCUACAACCACUCCAACUACCACGACCACGACCACUACCACGACCACUACCACGGAGAAGACGACCACUGUGCCCACAACUCCAACCACCACAACAACAACUACAACUCCAGCUCCAAAUUCGACGACUACCACACCACCGCCGCACACAUCCACGACUCCAGCGCCGGAGCCUGUGCCGUGCCGCAGAUUCGAUGGAUCUUCCUUCGUUGGAGGCAUUGUGCUGACCCUUGGUAUGCUGGCCAUCGGAUUGGUCGCCUACAAAUUCUACAAGGCUCACAACGACCGCAACUACCACACCCUUUGAGCCGCUACCGCGUUCACAUCGGCCUUUAACGCGGCAGCCGGAGCGGCGGCGGCUGCAGCGGCCGGCAACAGUACCGGAGGAACGGAUCCAGAUGUAGAUGGGGAUGCGGAACGAGUGCGGUUUGUGCAGCCGUCCAUUCCGUUGCGCUCACCGCCGGCACAGCCGCCUCCGCCGCCGCCAUCAUCCGCCAACUACAGCAUCUCUGGCUCGAAAUCAAACUCAAAAUCGGGUAGUGGCAAUGAUGGCGGCGCCCGAGACCGGCUGCUGCACACGUAAUUUACACACUAUUACAAUAUUAUUACUAUCCAAAGAGCCCCCAAUCUUUCUAAAUAACUUCCCGAUAACCUUGACAGCUAAAAAUAUAGGAGCAGGCUCAUGAUUCAUCUUACAUUUCUUAUCAGCUGCACAUUAAAUGAACUUGAAUGUUUUUUAUGAAACAAAAAUAUGCGAGGAUAUAUCGUUUUUUUUUGUCUUAUACAUAUAUAAAUCGCAAACACCAGUUUAUCAGAAACUUGAGCGGAUGUUAACGCCUUAUAGCUUUUAAAAAACAAAAUGAUCCAAGGGCGAUUGAGAACAGAGAAAUGUGACAUUAUCCAAGAGAACCGAGAACCGAGAACGGAGAACCGAUGGGCGCGAGGAGACCGAACAAAUAACAGCAAAUAUGUGAGACUGCUUGAUAGCGAGAAGUGAAUGGAACAGAAUUGGAAACAGCAUAUGAAUAAUAAUAUAGUUAUGUGGUGAAUGGCUGCUGUUUCCCAAAUUCAUUGAGAGCUACGAAUGGAAAAAUAUAUAAAUUUUUAUUGUAUUUACACUAUUUUGAAUAACUAAACAAAAAAAAAAAAAACUCAAUUCAUUAUAGGAAAUAAGGAUAAUUACUACCUAAACGAAUACGAGCUAAACAAACGGAAUCGCGUUUCUAUAUUGUCAUCAUUGUAUGCAUUUUUAUAAUAUUAUCCCCCUAUUUUGCGUCGCCCACUUAUCGAUUCUCCUUUGACCCGCACGGGGCUGGCUUGUGGUAUUGCUGCAAACAAAAAAAUCAAUAAAGCGAGACACGAUGCACAGCAACAGGAUAAGCUAUUCAUUCGUUUGUAUGAAAUUUAAAUAUAGAUGGAGAGCUGUGCUAACCCCCACGUUAAAUACUUGCAUACGAGAAAAUGUUGAAUAUUUUGUACUAGGAUUGAAACUAAACAUAUGAAUAACCCUUAUUCUACCCGCUUACUGUUGGAUAAAUACACCUUUGAAGCUACAAAUCGAACACAACCCGUCAAGUUUACGAACAUGAACUCGGUGCACAUGAAAAUCUCAUAAAUAUAUAAGCUAAAAUAACCAGUCUAUGUAUAUCCAGUAAAUCACUCAGCCGGCUUGCUAAAAAAAAUAUAUAUAUAUAUAAAUAUAUCUAUGUCUGUAUAUCGUGUACGAUAAUAAAUAUUUUAAAAAUUAA